GUGAGUAUAAAUACUGGUGGUUCUCACACUCUGGCAGUAGUACUCUGACGGUCACUAUGAAGAUUUGGUUGUCGCUGUUGCUUGUCCUAGCCGUGGUCAGUGCCCUGGAGGCGCGACGAGGAGGGAGAAGGAAGGAAUGGCGGAGACAAAAGUUCGCUGGAAUGCAGGCCGGUAUACACGGCCCCCCUGAUGUAGCAGAUGAUGACGUCAAAGACGAUGAAGAUGCCCCCACACAGCAGAACGAAUGGUUGACCAAGAAACAAAGGAAAUGGGCAAUGAAGCGCCAGAGGAAGAUGAAGUGGAUGAACAAACGCCGUGGAAUGAUGUCCCCAGAAAACUCGGUGGAAGAUAAACCAGAGGACACAGAGAUCAGCCGGGACGAAGUGAACCCAGUGGUGACACACAGAAGGUGGCAAGCAAGACGGGGCAACAAAGUCGAUAGGCGCCAGAAAUGGAGGAAAAUGAAGAGGAGGAAGAUGUGGCACCACAAAAAUCAUGGCAACAGACCAUCCUGCUUCUGUCUGCAGACCGAGCAACUAGAGAAGCUUCAGGAACUGAUCAAGAAAGAGGGACUGGAGACGGAAUUUCCUCAAAUCAUGCCUCCAGAGGAAGACCCCGCUGUCGACAACACUUCCGAUAUACCUGAGGAAGAAGAGGAUGACGAUAUGAUGGAGGAAACUGAGGACUUUGAUGACGCUGACGAGGAUCUAACAGAUGAUGACAGCGAAUCAGAGGAGGUGACCAGUUUACCAAUGAUGACCACAGAGACCUCCUAUAUCAUUCAGUAGAUCCAUUUUUUUCAACCCAACAUUAUUUCAUCUUUUCUGUUUAACUUCCGUUAUACUAAUAAAUAUAUUUUUUGUUA